AUGCACGGUCCUGGCAACGUGGAAACCGCUGCCAAAAAGUGUAAGCCGCGAUGGUUUGCAGGGCAAAAACGGUCGCCCACCGGCGACUCCACCAGUAGAGUGGGAUGGCUCAAAGUCGACUCACAGACGAUACUCAGCCUGCAGAAGCGAGUCGUGACUCACAACACGCGAAUCUCAGUGACUCACGACGAACACCGGACCUGGAACCUACACAUUAAGCAGGUGAAGGAGUCGGACCGAGGUUGCUACAUGUGUCAGAUCAACACGCCUAUUAUGAAGAACGGAGUUGGGUGCAUCGAGGUGCAUGUCCCUCCCGACAUCAUGAACGACGCCACGUCCACCGACACGACGGUACACGAGGGGGAAACGGUACGGCUGAGGUGCGAGGCGAGGGGAUACCCGCCCCCCGAGAUCCGCUGGAAGAGGGAAGACGGUCAAAACAUCAUCCUCAAGUCGUCGGGGAGAGACGGGACGAGAACGGCUUCAUGGCUAGCGAGCGAGCCUUACAACCGCCCCCCUAUAAGAGCUAGUGACCAAUAUGACCAGUAUCAGUUUGGUCGCGCUCCUGAUCCCGGGUGGAGGAGGUUGCGCGCAUAA